UCUUAACUUUAAAACUUGUUGUUUCUCAUAAUCAAGAUUCUAAACAAUAAUUUUAGAACUAACACCUUAGGGAGAUCGAAAUGGAAGAACAUGACCGAAAACGGCUGCCAAUAUUGGUGGUGCUAACCGCAACGCCAUUUCAUGGUCACAUGACUCCAACACUCCAGUUAGCCACAGCCCUUCAUGCAAAAGGCUUUUCCAUAGCCGUAGCUCAUUCAAAACUAAACCCUCCUAACCCAUCUAACCAUCCUCCAGACUUCACCUUUCUCCCACUUUUCGACACAUUAUUAGCUAUCGAUCAUUCUGGUAGCUUCACUAAUUUCAUCAACACUAUUAAUACCGAGUGUAGAGCAUCAUUUAAGGAACACUUGACUCGGUUGAUAAGUGAAGGAAAUAAACGGAUAGUUGUCAUCUAUGAUAACCUUAUGUUUUUUGCAGCAAGCGUUGCUAUCGAGUUGAAUCUUGCUGCUAUCAUUUUUCGUAGUUGUAGUGCUGCUUACUUUCCUGCUUUCUUUGUUCGGCAGCAGCUCCAUCAACAGAACAGAUUUCUUGAACAAGAUUUUGUGAUGCAGGACAUCGUGCCAAAUCACCAUCCUCUUAGAUACAAAGAUCUACCCUUUGCGCAAUCUUCUAUCGAAGAUUGGAGACAACUCGGUGUAAUAUUCAGCAAACAAGCACACCCUUCAGCUGUUAUCUGGAACACCAUUAGAUCCCUUGAAGAUGAGUCAUUAGCCAAAGUCAAAGAACACUACCAGGUUCCAGUUUUUGCAGUCGGGCCACUGCACAAAAUAACACCAAGCCCACAAACCAAUUUUCUCAAAGAGGACAUCAGUUGCAUCACUUGGCUCGAUAAACAAGCUCCAAAAUCCGUGGUUUACAUAAGCUUUGGAAGCUUAGUCACAUUGGAUGCUAAAGUGCUAACCGAGAUGGCAUGGGGUCUAGCAAAUAGUAACCAACGGUUUCUAUGGGCUGUUCGGCCCGGUUCAGUAAGUGGACACGAAUGGCUAGAGUUUUUGCCAGAGGGAUUUCUAGAAGAAACUAAAGAACGAGGUUUGAUUGUAAAAUGGGCUCCCCAAAAGGAAGUGUUGGCCCAUUUUGCAGUUGGUGCAUUUUGGAGUCAUUGUGGUUGGAACUCGAUAUUGGAAUGUAUGUCAGAAGGGGUUCCAAUGAUAUGUCAACCAUUUACCGCGGACCAAUGGGUUAACGUGCGUUACGUGAGCUACGUGUGGAAGAUAGGACUCGAGUUGGAGGUCUUCGAGAGAGGGGAGGUAGAAUGUAUGAUUAGAAGACUUAUGGCUGAUAAAGAAGGGGAGCAAAUCAGAAUUAGAGUAAAUGAUAUGAAGGAAAUGGCUAAACAAGCAGUGGAAAUUGGAGGUAUUUCUCGUGAAUCAUUGGCCGAUUUGGUGAAUUUUAUUUUGUCAUGUUGACUGUUGAGAAACAUGCUAUUUCAAUAUAUGAUCAUAUUGUUGGGAUC